AUGCUCAGCAGAAUCAACGCCCACUUGCUUACCGGUGCCAAUCUAUACACGCGCGGCCUCCUCCGGGUAUACGAUGCUACCAUCCACACCAUCAAUGGCAACUACUUGUGGAAAUUUUCGACAAAGUCCGUAUUAAUUCCAUUUUUCCAUGCCAACUCAAGUCCCAGACAUAUGGACGUGGGCGUGGGUGCAGGAUAUUCUCCAUAUAACCGUCAUAAGCAGGACAAUUCGUUAACUCUACCCGGUGUCGAACACAGACAAUUCGAUUCUAUAUCUCUCAUGUACGUAUUUCAUUGUCUUCCCUGCUCGCCUAUAGAGAAAGGCCGAAUCUUCACCAACUUGAAAUCGUAUUUAUCGAGUCAAGGCACGCUCUCUGGCGCUACUAUAUUAGGGUGCGGUACGAGCCAGCAUUGGCUAAGUCGGUUAUAUAUAAAGUUGUAUAACUGGGCUUGUGUGUUUCAUAACAAGGACAGAAAGAGUUCGAGGAGGUUUGGUACCAUGUUGUAG